GUUGGUGGUGUGGACCCAAAGCAGCUAGCUGUAUAUGAAGAAUUUGCACGGAAUGUUCCUGGUUUCUUACCAACAAAUGAUUCGACCCAACCUACAGGAAUCCUGGCCCAGCCUAUGAAGCAAGCCUGGGCGACAGAUGACGUGGCACAGAUCUACGAUAAAUGCAUGGCGGAGUUGGAACAGCACCUGCAGUCCAUUCCUCACACUCUGGCCAUGAAUCCACAGACACAAGCUUUGCGAAGCCUUUUGGAGGCUGUUGUUGUGGCUCGUAAUUCUCGAGAUGCUAUUGCAGCCCUUGGAUUGCUACAAAAGGCCGUUGAAGGAUUGUUAGACGCCACUAGUGGCGCAGAUGCAGACCUCCUCCUCCGGUACCGCGAAUGUCAUUUGCUUGUAUUAAAAGCACUGCAAGAUGGCCGUGCCUAUGGGUCUCCCUGGUGUAACAAGCAGAUAACAAGAUGCCUGAUUGAGUGUCGAGAUGAAUAUAAAUACAACGUAGAAGCAGUGGAGCUCCUGAUACGUAAUCAUCUAGUUAACAUGCAACAGUAUGACCUCCACCUGGCUCAGUCUAUGGAGAAUGGCUUGAACUACAUGGCGGUGGCAUUUGCAAUGCAGCUGGUGAAGAUCCUCUUGGUGGAUGAGAGAAGUGUAGCUCACAUGACAGAAGCAGAUUUGUUCCAUACCAUUGAAACUCUAAUGAGGAUAAAUGCUCACUCCAGAGGAAAUGCCCCAGAAGGGUUGCCACAGUUGAUGGAAGUGGUACGGUCCAACUACGAAGCCAUGAUUGAUCGUGCUCAUGGAGGACCAAACUUUAUGAUGCAUUCUGGGAUUUCUCAAGCCUCAGAAUAUGAUGAUCCUCCAGGCCUGAGAGAGAAGGCAGAAUAUCUCCUGAGGGAAUGGGUGAAUCUUUAUCACUCUGCAGCAGCUGGCCGUGACAGUACCAAAGCCUUCUCUGCAUUUGUUGGACAGGUAGAACUUGGGGAAAGAGAGAUGCAUCAACAAGGAAUUCUGAAAACUGAUGACUUGAUCACAAGAUUCUUUCGUCUUUGCACUGAAAUGUGUGUUGAAAUCAGCUAUCGUGCUCAAGCUGAGCAGCAACACAACCCUGCUGCAAACCCCACUAUGAUCCGUGCCAAGUGCUAUCACAACCUGGAUGCCUUUGUGCGCCUUAUUGCGCUGCUGGUGAAACACUCUGGAGAGGCUACCAACACAGUCACCAAAAUCAACCUGCUUAAUAAGGUUCUUGGGAUAGUGGUGGGAGUUCUUUUGCAGGAUCAUGAUGUUCGUCAGAGUGAAUUUCAGCAACUUCCCUAUCACCGCAUUUUCAUCAUGUUACUGUUAGAAUUAAAUGCUCCUGAACAUGUCCUGGAAACUAUCAACUUUCAGACCCUCACAGCUUUCUGGUAGGUGUAGAAGUGCUCCUGCAAAAUCUGCCCCAGAGAUGGUAUGUGGCACUAAGCCUGGCUGGAGGUUACAGCGCAUGGGUCGUUGGCUGUCACUUUCUCUUCCUGGUAGGGGUGCAAUUGAGAUGGUGGCCAGAGCUGAUCA